UUCUUGCUGGAAGGUGCAGAAGUAAAUUCUCUUUGGGAAGUAUUGAAAAGCAAAAAUUCGGGACGUAUUUUGUUUCUGUCAUGUUUCUUCAGUUUUUCACAGCAAGCCCAGAGUCACCCAAGCCUAAACAGGAGGAUUCCAAAAGUCGAAGUGCUUUGUUAGCUCAGAUCCAGAGAGGCACUCGCUUAAGAAAGGUAGUACAGACCGAUGACCGAAGCGCUCCUGAGAUUGAAAACUCUAGAAGAAGGGCCAGCAGAGAAGGAGGAAGCCUAGGAAUGGGCAGAAAUGACGUCCCUCAGGCAUUAGGAAGCCUCUUUGCGGAUGGUUUUCCUGUACUGAGACCAGUAGGCCAAAGAGAUUUGACAGGUGCCAGGUGA